CUGGAUCAGCAGCGGCCGGUAUCAUUUCGUCUGAGAAACGUGCUGCUUUCCUCGGUGCUGGAUUGCUGGUCAUCUAUCAACUGUCCGUUGUUUUGGCAUUUGGCACCAAUUUACCGGCGUUAUUUGACACGGCAUUCUUUGAGUGUGAAGAUCAUCAUCUCCUCCAUUUACCUCGUACUCUCGUUGGCGUUCUUCUGCAACGUCGCCGUGACGGUGAUCGUCGGCAACAUCCUCAUCAAGGCUCACGGCACACUUGCACACCCUCAGAUGUUCGUCUACAUUCUAUUCUUAAGCAUGGUAGACGCGCUGGUGCUGAUGCAUCUGCCGCUGGUAAUUGUCGACAUCAUUACCAACAAAUGGGCAUUCGGCAGAGUUAUGUGUAAAGUGUAUUGGACGCUGGAAAACAUCGGUAAGGUACUGUCGACGUUUGUGCUAACGGCGGUCAGCGCUGACCGUUACCUGGUCGUUUGUCAUCCGAACCGUUUCGUAUGGAUGCACACGGUCCGGGCGGCCAUGUUGAUGCUGUUCGGCAGCACGACGGCCACCAUCCUGUUGUUGUACCCGAUCUACGUACACAGCGACGUGGUCAUCAUCCAGUUGAUCCAGAACGAGACAGUCGCCAAGUGCGUCUUCGCCUGGGAGUCGGACAACGAGUGCAAGUUCGUUCUUUAUAUAUUCUCGCUUGGCUACUUCACACCCCUCUGUCUGAAGGCGUACUUCUACACGAACAUCAUCCUGUCCAUCCGAAGGAGCAGCAAGGUAAUUCGCAUGAACACGGGCCGAGAACGCCAGAUCCGUAAGCUAACCUUCCGUGUUUUGACCUUGGUUGUCUUCUACUUCUUCUGCUGGACGCCAUACUGGACGAUUACCUUCCUCAUAUGUUACACCGAGAUUCAAUUCAGCAAAUGGUGGGUGGUAGGCUUUUAUUCGGUCUACGUUUUGGCCUACCUGAACUCGGCCAUAAACCCACUGUUGUACGCCCUGCUGAACAUGGAGCUACGCAGGCAACAUUCUUUCGUCUCCCAGCGCAAUUCUCGACUCGGCUACGAGAGGACCAGGCUAUUCGUUGAAAGCAAUGAAUUUCACAACAGCCACCCACAAACGUCAUCUCAGGAGUCAGAUCAUUUUUGA